CAAGACAAUGCUGGGCGCCUUUGCGCCAUAGCCCACUGUUGCACCGCACCGUGCGCACCUACCUACCACUCACGGACUCGAGGACCUAAGCAUCCGACCACCCGAACACCAAGUUUAUAACAAUGGAGGCAAAACACAGGCUGGAGUCCCUCUUGGACGAGCUGUCUAAAGCGAGCAGCUUGCCCAGGCUCUCAUCAGCUGUCAGCGAUGUCGACCAGGUCAUCGAGCUGCUCAGUGAUGCUCGGGAGCGGAUCGCCGGAGCCAUGGACCCUCAUACGGCGAGUCUAAACAUGACGAAGCUUCAGAACCCUAUCAAGUUUGCGUUCGGGAAAAUCAACGACGACCUGAAGGCGGCCUCGUCGUCACACAAGAAGGUUGGAAGGUCGUUAGACAAGCACUUCCCGCUUAAACAAUUGCCCACGGACGAUGACGGUAUGGAGGACCGUCUACCUCUAAUAAACCGGGCCAUCGCCAUGCACUUGCUGCGAGAGGGCCAGUUCACAGUCGCCUCGACCUUCAUAAACGAAGUCCAAACCAAGACCCCACCAGCCCCUCCUUCCACCUUUAGUGAACCCAUGGACGAGGACGAUGACGAGGACGAGGGUGAAGAUGAGGACGAGGAUGAAGAGGCCGCUGAAACCCACACCAACACGAAUGGAUCUCCGGUCGCCCCCGACGAUGACGAUUAUGACCUUUCGUCUCUCCACUCUCAAGAACUCCAAGACAAGUUUGCCGAAAUGUACACAAUCCUACAGCAGCUAAAAGCACAGAACCUGCUCCCCGCUAUCGAAUGGGCGCGUUCGAACUCGGCCGAGCUCGAAGCCCGCGGCAGCAAUCUCGAGUUCGAGCUCUCCAAGCUUCAAUACGUCUGGCUCUUCAAAGGCCCUUCCGUCAACAACCUCCCCGACGACGAACACAAUGGCCGCCCGGGCGCGCUCGCCUAUGCCCGCCAGCACUUCGGCCGCUUCCAAGCCCGCCACCUACGUGAGAUCCGACAGCUCGCGGCGGCCAUGGUCUUCGCCCCCAACCUCCCGGACUCCCCCUACCACAUGACUUUUGCCGCCAUCUCCACCGCCUUUACCGAUGUCGCCGCCUCCUUUACCCGCGAGUUCUGCAGCCUGCUCGGUCUGUCGGCAGAAUCCCCCCUCUACCUCGCCGUCACCGCCGGCGCCCUGGCCUUGCCCCGACUCAUGAAAUUCAUGCUCGCCACCCGCUCCAAGGGCACCGAGUGGACAACUGCGCAGGAGCUUCCAUUCGAAACACCGCUUCCCGAGAGCAUGCUGUUCCAUAGCAUCUUUGUCUGCCCAGUGUCCAAGGAGCAGACGACCGAGGACAACCCGCCCAUGGUGAUUCCCUGCGGCCAUAUGCUGGCACGCGAGACGCUGCAGAAGCUGUGCAAGGGUAACAGGUUCAAGUGCCCGUACUGUCCAAGCGAGGGGCUGUUCAAGGACGCCCGGAGGGUCGUCUUGUAGGGUGGCGCGGACUCGACGGGGGUAAGGGAGGUUGGAAGCGGAGUGGGCUUGGGGCAUGACGCUGCCUGUGGCGACAGGGACCACCGACAGGGACCCACGCCUGGCCUGGGAGACGCAGACGUAUCUCUCGCGCUUAUCGUCGACCGGGUCUUCGAUGGUCUUUUUCAAAAUACCGACUCUUCCCGGGCCCUGGAGAGUCUCCUUCAGCCCGGGGGCGAGCCGGCGGACAGCGGCUUAGCAACGGCGACCUUGCUGCCCAACCCGGAAAC